UAUGUUCGGUCCCCCCACUCCAAAUUUUGGACACACCUCCAAGACGCCAACCACACUCCCCUCAUCUUGAUUCUUCUAGUCCUGGUACCAGCAUCCCUACGCAACACCAGCAACACAGUGACAUGGAUGAGACAAUCAUGUUAGAAAUGCAGCCAUUAAGCCAAGGAAUCAGCCCCCCAGCACCUGUGAGUACACCACCACAGCAAAGCACACCACCACCACAACACAGCCCAACAACACCAGUAACCCAAGGCCCUGAUCAAGUGUUUUGGAACAUUUGGGCUAGACAGCAGGCCACUAAUGAAGAUUGCCUGCGUAGGCAGACACAAAUGUUUGCAAGCCUACCAUCUCACCUCAGAAGAAUCAUCAGAAAUAUGAGUAGACAAAAUGAACAAACCAUGAGAAUUGGCAAUACCAUGGAAAUCAUGCGUGCAGACAUUACACAUGUCAUGGGCAACUUACAGCGCAUAAUGGAAGAACAGCACAGACAACAGCAAAGCUAUAUCAACAUUUUAGAAAACAAUCAAAAGAUCAAUGAAUCUAUCUCCAGAAUUGUAGACAAUCAAAAUGCUGCAACACGCAAACUCAAUGCCACUCUCACUAACCUCAAUGAAACACUCAGAUCCCUGCACCAACAGCAACCAAGCAGCAGUUCUGGUACGACUACUCCAAUUAUAAUGCCAGUGUCAUCACCACCAAGGCGCUCCACCAGAGCAUGCCAACAUGACAGUGGUAAAGGCAAAGGCCAGGACAAGCAGCCACCCAAAAAAAGUUAAAAUAUAAACCACAACGAUUUCUUUAAAGAGAAGUAAAAUAAAAAAAAUAGUAAGUGUAUGUUUGUCAGAAUAGAUAUAACACUUAGCUCCUUGACAAUUUGUAGAACAUCAUUAAUUAUAACUGGUACAAACAACAACAAGAAAUUUGUAUGCACAUUUAUUCUUUACCAUCUUUGUAUUUUUUUGGAGGAGGAAAAUGUUGUUUGAGCUGCACAUAGAUGUUAGCAUGAAGAAACCAGACCACUUGAUUUUUUUCUAAUCAUUACUCUUUCUAGAUUCCAAUCAUUCUCAUCUCAUGCAGACACAAUAAUUGGCAGCCAGGCA